AUGCUUCAGCGCUUCACUGAAUCCCGACUCCGAAGCCGUAUAAUAAGCAGCACGUACAUAAUUUUGUCACAGCCUUUCAGGUUGCCCUCUCAGCUUCUCACCUCAUCGCCAGCAUCCAACGCGCCGCCCGUCACAAUGUCGGCGUCACUGGCCCCAGAGUGCAACGAGGUCAAGGAGCGCUAUGACACGUGCUUCUUGAAGUGGUACAUACCUCCGCGGCGCCGAAAAGGACAACCAGGAGUGCGCCGGCCUGUUCAAGGAAUACCAAAAGUGUCUCGUUGCGCUGAAAGACAGGGGCAUCGACAAGCUCCUCGAUGA